GGGGCUCGGCGGCGCCGGCGGCGCCAUGGCAACCGCGCAGGGAGGAGGGACCGGCUCGGGGCAGGAGCAGCAGCAGCAGCAGCAGGUGGAAGAAGACAAAAAGGAGGCUUUCUGCGCCGCCCGAGGGAGCGUCGCUGGGGGCUCAGAUGGAGCCGCGAUGGCGUUCAUCGCGCAGAAAUGCGGGGUCUGCUUCCAGCCCCCGUCCAUCAUCCUCAUCUACAGAGACAGCAGCCACGACAAGACCCGCCAGCGCAUCAUGCCCGUCAGGAAUUUCUCCAGGUUCUCAGACUGCAGCAGGGCUGCUGAGCAGCUGAAGAACAACCCUCGGCACAAGGCCUACCUGGAAAGGGUCUCCCUGCACCAGCUCCAGAAGCUCUACAGGCUGCUGAGAGGUCAUUUGGAAGGACAGAGCCUGGCUGAGAGCUUGGAAAAGUUUCGGCAGGAAGAGACCAUUGACCCAGAGGAGGAUAUGAACAAACUGGAUGACAAGGAGCUGGCCAAAAGGAAGAGCAUCAUGGAUGAGCUCUUUGAAAAGAACAGGAAGAAGAAGGAUGACCCUGACUUUGUUUACAACAUUGAGGUGGACUUCCCACUGGAUGAGCAGCUGGAGUCCUGUACUUGGGACAUAGAGUCAGAUGAGGAAAUCUGAUUCCAGACAAAGAUGGGCAGUUCAGAGACAAAUGUCAGCAGGCCAGCAGGAGAGAACAAUGUCAUACGUGUUCUGCCCCACGCUGGCUCAGGAGAACCCGAGGUGCCACAGCAAUCCCAGGCUCAAGUGAGCUUUGUAUAAGAAGCCAGGCUUGAUUAAAUGGAAAUUGGGUGGCUGAAAUGGUUGGCUGGUUUUAAUCUUUUCCUACAUAAAAGAAUUUUAAAUUA